AUGUCAUCUUCAUCAGCGUACAAUCGAACAUCAUCUUACAAUCGUACAUAUGAAAAGCGAAUCAUUGAAGAAGGACCUCAAAUUACUCGCAUUGUUUCACCUUUGCAUGUAUCUAACAUAGGAUCAUCGUUGCAUCCACCAAUAUCGUUAACUUCUCUGAGUUCAUCGGGAACAGGAGCUGGUUUGAUAACAACAUAUCAUCAAAGUGAUGAUUAUUUUUAUGUACAAAUAGACUUAUCUCAGUUCAAGCCAGAAGAUUUGAAAGUCUCUGUGGUAAAUUCUUUUAUAGUCAUUGAAGCUAAACAUGGCGAACGUGAAGAUAAGAAGUUUAAUUUGCCCCCAAGCAUACCAGCUGAUGCAGUGACAAGUAAUCUUACUGCAGAUGGACAUCUUAGUGUUACCGCAAGUGCUCCACGACAUAAGGAAGAUGGCAUUGAAAGAACGAUUCCUAUCAAGUUAGUAGCAAGCACGGUUAAACCAGAUGUGAAGCCGCAAAGCACAACUGAACAAUCAUCGUCUCAAGAAUAA